UGCUCCAAAACAUGUGGUCUUGGGACAGUAUCUCGAAGAGCCUAUUGUUCCAAUAGCACUCGUGUUCUGUCUGAUAGCAACUGCAACAGGAAAUUAAGACCUUCAGAAAUGAAGUCUUGUUACGCGAAGAGUUGUCCUCCUACUGUACGCUGGGCUAAAGGAAAAUGGAAUCCGGUAAUAAUACAAUUAUUGGACCAGGUUUUGCAAGUACUGGACCUCUAGGGAGAACAGUUUAGGACUGAUAGAGCUAUCCAGUAUAAAUAAAGUUAGUUUAGUAUAGGUUUCCUCCUGUAGUAACACUGGAUCAAUAAGAGAUGACCCUUACUGGACUUCUAGGGAGAACAGUUUAGAACUGAUAGAGCUAUCCAGUAUAAAUAAAGUUAGUUUAGUGUAGGUUUCCUCCUGUAGUAACACUGGAUCAAUAAGAGAUGAUCCUUACUGUACCUCUAGGGAGAACAGUUUAGAACUGAUAGAGCUAUCCAGUAUAAAUAAAAUUAGUUUAGUUUAGGUUUCCUCCUGUAGUAAGACUAUAUUGAUCAUGCAUAUCAUAGAAGAACAGAGCUAUCCAGUAUAAACAAAGCUAAUCUUUGGUUGACUGUGUGAUACAUAUUCUUUCCUGCCAGUGUUCCGUGCAAUGUGGUGUGGGCGUGAAACGACGGAGUGUUUGGUGUGAAGAUAUUUAUAAUAAACAAGUGGCUUUAUCAAGAUGUCGACAUUUGAGGAGAAGACCUCGCUCAGAGAAGACGUGCAGGAGAAGCACUUGUGGUAUUUGGGAGACUGGACUUUGGGGCCAGGUAAAUAUGUCCUUAUGUUGGUAA